CGCUCGCGCGAGAUAGUGAAGUUGGCCGUCGGUGGGACGCGCGCGAGUCAGCCGUCAGUGCGCGCGGAUCGGUCGCGCGCGGUGGUAGCAUGUGGUGAUUGGUCCGUGUGGUUAUCUCCCUUUUUUUUCUUUCGGAAUUGCGAGCGUCGGCGUGUGUGCCGUGCAGAGUGAACGGACGCGGAGAUGGCGAGCCACGACGACGUCGGCGUCGGCGACUUCGUGCUGCUGGACGAAAUCACGGUGGACCGCGUGGUCGAGAAUCUGAAGACGAGAUUUAACGGGGGCAAGAUUUACACAUACAUCGGUGAAGUCUGCGUAAGCGUGAACCCUUACAGAAGCACCAACAUUUACGAUGCGAACCACAUUAACCAAUACAAAGGGAGAGAGAUGUUUGAGAAUCCGCCGCACAUCUUCGCGAUCGCGGAUGCGGUGUAUAAAGAGAUGAAGCAACAGGGCAGAAAUACUUGCAUAGUGAUAAGCGGCGAAUCAGGUUCUGGCAAGACGGAAGCUAGCAAAAUCAUCAUGAAAUAUAUCGCCGCUGUGACCAAUCUGAGCGGCCAGCAGGAAAUCGAGAGGGUGAAGAACAUUCUUAUCCAAUCGAACUCGAUACUGGAGGCAUUCGGCAACGCCAAGACGAAUCGCAACGACAAUUCGUCGCGUUUCGGAAAGUAUAUGGACAUCAAUUUUGAUUUCAAGGGAGAUCCCAUCGGCGGUCAUGUGACCAAUUACCUUCUCGAGAAGUCCCGGGUGGUCUAUCAGCAAAAAGGGGAACGCAACUUUCACUGCUUCUAUCAGUUACUGAACGGCUGCAGCGAAGCAGAAUUGAAUAAACUACGUUUGGUCCGCGACCCAGCCGCUUAUUAUUUCAUUGGCAAUGGAAGCAACAACAAAACAGCUACCUCCGAUAGAAGCGAUUAUAAAACCGUCUGCACCGCCAUGAACAUUCUCGGGUUCUCCGCGAAUGAAACGCAGACCAUAUGGAAUAUCGUCGCUGGUGUUCUACAUUUGGGCAACAUCACUUUUAGACUGGAUGAUGACAAACUUUUAAUCGAAAAUAAUAGUGCUUUAAAUGACACCGCUAAUCUAUUUUCCAUCAAUUCGAAAGAUCUGAGCACUGCUCUCUCGCAAAGAAUCAUAGCGGCUGGUGGAGAAGUCAUGCAAAAGACUCAUACUUUGAUAGAAGCCGAGUACGGCCGAGAUGCGUUAGCAAAGGCUGUGUAUGAACGACUGUUCACUUGGAUAGUGUCGCGUGUCAAUGGAUCGAUCAAUGUAAAUAUCAGCGACAGCGUAAGGAGAUAUGGAACAGUAAUUGGCGUGCUCGACAUCUAUGGUUUUGAAAUUUUUGAUAUGAAUAGCUUCGAGCAAUUUUGCAUCAAUUAUUGCAACGAAAAAUUGCAACAACUUUUUAUCGAAUUGGUUCUAAAACAAGAGCAAGAGGAGUACCAGAAGGAAGGGAUAGCUUGGCAAAAUAUUGAAUACUUUAACAAUCAAGUUAUUUGCGAUUUAGUCGAACAAGCUCACAAAGGAAUUAUAGCAAUCAUGGAUGAGGCUUGUCUCAACGUUGGGAAGGUUACCGAUGAGAUGCUUCUCGAUGCGAUGGACAAGAAGUUGGUGGACCAUAAACAUUAUAGCUCCCGACAAUUAAAACCGAUGGAUAAAGAACUGCAACACAGAAUACAAUUCAAGAUCAAGCACUAUGCCGGCGAUGUGAUUUACACUAUUAAUGGUUUUCUUGAUAAGAACAAAGACACACUCUUUCAAGAUUUCAAACGUCUGCUCUAUCAAAGCAGUAAUUCCAUAAUUAGGGAAAUGUGGCCUGAAGGUGCCCAGAAUAUUUUAAAGACAACAAAAAGACCUUUAACCGCUGGUACAUUGUUUCGCAACUCUAUGAUCGCGCUAGUGAAAAAUUUAGCGAGUAAGGAGCCAUUUUAUGUGAGGUGUAUAAAACCUAACGAAGUUAAAUCUCCUGUCGUGUUCGACGAUGAAAGAGUAAAUCAUCAAGUGAGAUAUUUGGGACUUAUAGAAAAUAUUUUGGUGAGGCGGGCUGGUUUUGUUUAUAGACAACGAUAUGAUAGAUUUUUGAAGAGGUACAAAAUGAUAUCACAGUAUACAUGGCCGAAUUUCCGAGGCAACAGUGAUAAGGAUGGCGUACGCACAUUGAUGGAUGAAAAGGGUUUCUCGGACGAUGUUAAAUAUGGUCACACAAAAAUAUUCAUUCGCUCACCGCAAACGUUACUUGCGUUGGAAAAGGCACGCAGCGACUUAAUACCAGGUGUCGUAAUUCUCCUGCAGAAACAAUGGCGAGGCUAUCUCUGCCGUCAGAAGUACAAGAAGAUGAAGGCCGCGUUAGUUUUGAUGGAGCAUUACAGGAGAUACAGACGACGUGUCUACAUUAAAGAACUCGAACGGAUAUUUAGAGGCGCCAAGAAUAUGCGGAAUUACGGCAAACAUUUACCGUGGCCGCGCGAAAAUUUCGCUGUGAGACACGUAGUGCCUGCCUUGAAGAAUAUGUAUGCAAGAUGGUGGGCGUGGAUGGUGCUUCGAGUUAUUCCUCGGGAGGAUUGGCCGCAACUUCGAUUAAAGAUGGCGGCGGGCGCUGUAUUACGUUCGAAACGAUCUUACUGGGGUCAGGAUCGUCGCUGGGAAGGAAACUAUUUGUCUAAGCCGGAUGAGAAUUCUCAAAGCGACAUUUUCAAUUCAUCGAUAAAUAAUUUACGAAACACCGAUCACUUCAAGACCGUCUUGUUCAGCGCGUUUAUUAGGAAGACCAAUAGGUUCAACAAAUCGGCGGAUCGCGUUUUGGUGGUGACAGAACAUUCUGUAUACAAGCUGGACGGCGUCAAGUUUAAAAACAUGAGGAAAGGUAUGCCGAUAGCAGAGAUCACAGGUUUAAGCGUUUCACCCGGAAACGAUCAACUUAUUACGAUUCACUCGAAUCGCGGGAAUGAUUUCAUUCUAUCAAUCAUUGCCAAGGACGACAGGAUCGGAGAAUUGGUCGGCAUACUUAGCAACCGGUACUACCAAUUACGUGGCACUGAUCUGCAUGUUACAGUGGAUGUGAAGUUCAAGUGCAUGCUGGGUAACAAAAGUAAAUUGCUCCGCAUCGAGGUGAUACCUGAUGUGAUCGAGCCCACAUUUAAGAAGGACGGUAAUCAAAUCGUCUAUGCCAUCCCACCAUCGAUAGGCAUCAUCGACGGUGGUGCUAAUAUAAGACAAUAGAUUCGCAUUGUUACGAAGUCAUAAUCGAGACCUGUAUCAUAAUUAAAAAAAGCAUCGAGUAUAUUUUUUUAACAAUAGGCUGUAAUUAACAUGCCGUAUUUGUACGGGAAGCUAUUCAACAAUUCCGUAAGAUAAUAUCUACACACAGAUAUUAUCUUACGGAUCACAUUUAAAAAGAUUUUCUAAUUAGAUUGAUUGAUUUUUUCCGGAAUAUUAAUCGCGUUGCCACGAAUAUCUGCAAAUUUUACUGUAACGAAAGUCCGAUCAAUGUCUAUAUUUGUUGCACGAUUCAAUGUUCAAAUUGAUUAAUAUUCCAGUUUUUAUUACAUUAUGAUAUAUUAUAUAAAUGAUAUUGAUAUAUAUUACAGACAUUGGCCGGAAAUUCAAGCAUAAGAUAUCUUUCGGUGAACAAAUUUUAGCAGGAGUUAUAAUCACAUUUUAGCGAAGAUCGUUUUAUUAAUUUUCUUAGUAUAAUAUUAUAAUGUUAAACAGCAUUAUAAUUUCUAACAUUCUUCAUGGCAUUUACUUUUCUCUUUUUUUUCAACGAUUUCGACGCUCGAGCAAAAAAACGUUUUUAUUAUUUUUCGAAGAGUAAAUGGUAAAAAAUUUUAAAUCUCAUCACACAAACACAAUUACCUAUAUAAUAAAUAUACUUCUACGUGAAAGUAAAAAUAGAAUGUAAAAAAAGAAAAGAUGUUGCAGUACAAGUUAAUUAUGUACAUGUCACAUAUGUUAUUUGCGUUACGAAAAGUAUGAAAAACUUGACGGAUCUUUUUGUGUUGAUACCAAGUAUCACGCACCCGAUACAUUUUUUCUGUAAAUACUCUCUAUAUAGUGUAUUAUAAAUAUUAGUUUGUAAUGCGCGACGUCAGAGAAGAUAAGACGUGUAGUCCAUGAAAGUAGGUUUCACUGAAGUAUAAUAGCGAACGCAUAAUUUAUACGAAAUAACUUAAACAUUACUCAUGGAAAGUCACAGUCAUUUUUUUCUAUUUUUCUUGGAGAAAAGUAUUGCUGAUAUUACGAUGAUUAUUACAGAACAGAAUGUUAUUAUAGAAUGUUUUUCAAGAAUUCCAACGUGCUCUAAGCUUGUGGCCUUCUACUUACUAUCAGAUUGACAUAUUUUUUAAAGCUUUACAAAAAUGUGUAAAUACAAAAAGUAUGACAAAACAAAAAAUUAAUAUAUACAUAUAACUAUAAAACCAGUGUGACAAAAGAAAAUAUAUAUGUAACUAUAUACCUAUAGUGCCUGCUGAAUCGAUACAAAAAAAAUAUAAUGAAAGUUAAAUGCUUCUCCAAAGAAAAUUUUGGAUCUUUCCAUGUACUUAGAUUUAGAGACUGUGUAGGAAUAUAUAUAUAUAUAAAUGUAUGAUCAAGAUUAAUCAAAACAUAUAUUAUUUUACGAUUAUUUUAACGUUACUUCGAUUAAUGUACGAAGGAACUUGUUAUACAUUGCCAUAAAAUCCGUUAAUAAUCUGGUACUUAUGCAUUUACAAAGCUUUCAUUGAAGAUGAGACAAUUUACUCUUUUUUGAGUUUAUGUAUAUUUAUAGAACAAUUUGUUAUUUCAAUUGGCAAUUGUGAUUGCGACGCGCUUUGAAACACAUUGAAGAAUGUGCCAUUGUUAGAAAAUAAAGUGAAAUUUUCGUCUUGUA